AGUUGACAAAGACACACUAAAACACGAUAAACCCAUAUGCCAAGAACCUGAAUUAGCCUGAUGUAUUUGUCAUUUUCUCAUCAACAUGAAAAUCAAAUAAAACAACUGACAUAUUGGCUACUUGAUAUAGGUAAACACAGUGUCUAAAUAGUUGGCAAAUAGAAUGUUUGUGUGGGCUAACAACGAUUGUGCAGUUUAUUUCUUGGUUUUAUUUUUUAGGCUAGUUUUGUCAGAAAGAAAUUGUAAUGAACUGGCUAUGUGCCACCUCAAGCUGUAUGCUGGUAUAGCUAAGUCAGAAUUAGAAUAGCUGAAAGGUUGCACACAGUUUGAACAAGUCCAAUUAAAUACACGUUUACGUUAGAAUGCAUUAUUUUUUCUUCUCACGGUGAUACAAUUAUGGUGAAAUUUAUUUUUAUGCCAGUACAACGCGCAUGGGCUAAGCAAUGUUGAGUUAUAGGCUUGAGCGUCAACAAACCACAGACUACAUAUCCCGUCAUUCCAUCCACAUGACAAUCCCUAAAUAGGUUUAAGUGCGCUUGAGAGAGGAUAAGCUCAGAGAAAGUCGGAAAGACGGAGCGACAACGAGCCGUCAUGCCUCUCAAAAGAGAAGAUACGGAGCGUGCCCUCCAGGCGAUGGAGGCUUGCCAGUCGGUGGCUGAUGAGGGUUUCAGAGGUAGAGCAGAGAAACUGCUGCAUAUCUUCCAGAGUGACCUAUUCCAGGCCCUGCUGGAUAUCCAGGAGUUCUACGAGCUCACCGUGUUUGAGAACCAGAAUUCUACUAGACCUCACACACCAAGCCUGAAGUACCGUUACCAAGAUGAGGAGACUCCACCACUGGAGCAUAGUCCGGCCCACCUGACUCCGGGAAAGAGUGGAGAGCUUCUGCACCUCAGCGACUCUGGUCACGCUCCAAUCGACGGUCUCCACGGCUACGCAUCUCAUACACACCUAUCGCCUAGCAAGCCCGUGUUGUUACCAGGCAGCCAAACUCCUUACUACGCUACCUCCACUCUGAUGAAUGGGAUGGACGGGGAAGUUGAAUAUGAGGAAAUUACACUGGAGAGGGGGAACUCUGGUCUGGGUUUCAGUAUAGCAGGAGGGAUCGAUAAUCCUCACAUAGGAGAUGACCCCAGCAUCUUCAUCACCAAGAUCAUACCAGGGGGAGCUGCCGCUCAAGAUGGCAGACUGAGGGUGAACGACAGCAUUCUGUUUGUGAACGACGUGGACGUGCGUGAGGUCACCCACAGCCUGGCCGUGGAGGCUCUGAAGGGCCCCACCCCCACUGCGAUUUCCCAUCAACUGCGCCGCCAAGCCGUCUCGAAGAAGAUCAGCGAGAUCAAACUCAUCAAGGGGCCCAAAGGUCUGGGGUUCAGUAUAGCUGGCGGUGUGGGCAACCAACACGUUCCGGGAGACAACAGCAUCUACGUCACUAAGAUCAUCGAGGGCGGAGCCGCGCACAAGGAUGGACGGCUACAGAUAGGGGACAAAAUACUGGCUGUGAAUAAUGUAUCGUUAGAGGACGUGAUGCAUGAGGACGCUGUGGCGGCCCUUAAGAACACAGCGGAGGUGGUCUACCUGAGGGUAGCAAAGGCUCCCCACCUCUACCCUGGGGACGCCUACAAUCCCCCAGAUAUCACCUCGUACUCUCCACAUAUGGAUGACAUGGGCCACCCCAACUACCUGACCUCUGAUUACCCACAAACCCUUUCUCCCACCACGCCACGCCGCUACUCGCCCAUCCCCAAGGGGCUCAUGGGAGAGGACGACAUCCCCAGGUGAGUAUUGGUUCUCCGGGCUCCCACAGGGCUGGGCUUCAACAUUGUGGGUGGUGAGGAUGGCGAGGGCAUCUUCAUCUCCUUCAUCCUGGCAGGGGGACCGGCCGACCUGAGCGGGGAGCUGCGCAAGGGUGACCAGAUCCUCAGCGUGAAUGGGGUGGAUCUUAGGCAUGCAACUCACGAGCAGGCAGCUGCAGCACUGAAGAACGCCGGCCAGACGGUCACCAUCAUCGCACAGUACAGACCUGAAGAGUACAGUCGGUUUGAGGCGAAGAUCCAUGACUUGAGGGAACAGCUGAUGAACAGCAGCAUGGGAUCAGCAACAACAUCAUUACGGUCCAAUCAGAGAAGCUUUUACAUCAGGGCUCUGUUUGACUAUGAUAAGACGGCCGACUGUGGCUUCCUGAGCCAGGCCCUGGGCUUCGGCUUCGGGGACGUGCUGCACGUGCUGGACUGCUCCGAUGAGGACUGGUGGCAGGCCCGACGUCUCAGCCCCCACGGUGAGCUGGAGGAGGCCGGAUACGUGCCCAGCAAGAGGAGAGUGGAGAGGAAGGAAUGGUCGCGAAAGUCCAAAGAACGGGCUGGCCAAGGGAGAGAUGACUACAUCCAGAGCUAUGAGGCGGUCACUCAAAUAGAAGUGCACUACGCCCGCCCCAUCAUCAUCCUGGGCCCUACUAAGGACCGCGUCAACGACGACCUGCUGUCAGAGUUCCCCGACAAGUUCGGCUCCUGUGUCCCACAUACGACUCGGCCGAAGAGGGACUACGAGGUGGACGGGCGGGACUACCAUUUUGUGUCGUCGCGGGAACAGAUGGAGAAGGACAUCCAGAGCCACCGCUUCAUCGAGGCGGGCCAGUACAACAGCCACCUGUACGGCACCAGCGUGCAGAGUGUCAGGGAGGUGGCUGAGCAGCAAGGGAAGCACUGUAUUCUGGACGUGUCUGCUAACGCUAUCAGGAGACUGCAGGCCGCACAGCUCCAUCCCAUCGCCAUCUUCAUCAGACCCACCUCCCUGGAGAACAUACUGGACAUUAAUAAGCGCCUGACGGAGGAACAGGCGAGGAGAGCUCUGGACCGUGCCAUCAAGCUGGAGCAAGACUUCAUCGAGUGUUUCACAGCCAUUGUGGAGGGUGAAAGCUUUGAGGAGAUCUACCACCGCAUCAAGUCAGUGAUCGAGGACCAAUCAGGGCCUUACAUCUGGGUGCCCACGCGAGAGAGACUCUGAGGAGACAGAGGAGAAAGAGUGAAAGAGGGGGACAGAGAGAGGGAAGGAGAGAGAGAGAGAGAGAGAGAGAGAGAUAGAAGGGAAAGAACAUGAGAUGAAAGUAUGAUAGGAAAUAAGUCAUAGAAAGACACACAGGCAGAAAUGAUUCUGUCUGUUAUUUGCCUUCCAGAUGCUCUGUCUUUCUCUUUCUCUUUCUCUGUCACUCUCUUUGCUGUGUUUUUAUUCUGGACACUGUCCCUCCCUCUCUCCGAAUGUCACUCGGCACCGUCACCCUGGUCCAUUUUGGUAAAAUGGACACAGAAACUAAUUCUCUGUCUGGACAUUCUGACAGAGUGACACAAAUAUGAAGAACUGAUCUGAUCGAGGACAGAGGAGCGGACUGUGUGCCCGUGCAGGGCGAAGAGGAAGGGGGGAGGAAGAGGAGGGGAGGGAGUUCUGUUUUCACACUGUGGGCGUCUGGAUUAAAGAGGAAGAUCUUAUUGCAGGACGGAGAAGACUUUGUGUUGGAGAGCGUGUGAGCUGGCCAAACACACGUACACACGUAAAAUGGUUAUAUGCUACAUGCCAGCGCGUGCACACACACACACACACACACACACACACACACACACACACACACACACACACAUUCACACACACACACGUACACAGAAAUACUUACAUAGCAACACACUCUCAUACAAAUACUUUUAUUCACCCACACACACACACACACACACACACACACACACACACACACAUACACACUACAAGUCUAUAUGUCUGUGAACUGAAGAGAGGUGACCAACAGCAAGGACAGACAAGUACAAAGACUUCUGUGAUGAUGUGUGUGUGAGAGAGAGUGUAUGUGUGUACUGUAUGUGUUUGUAUGUAUGUGCAUAUAGCCCUUUGUAGAUUCUCAUAUAUUUGAUGUAUGUAUUUGAAUUCAAAUGCAGAAAAAAGCAUAUAUAUAUAUAUAUAUAUAUUUUGCAGUGUGUGUGUGUGUGUCUGUGUGUAUGUGUGUGUGUGUGGUUGGAUGUGUGCACCUUUUGUACAGUCUUUGAGGAGGGGCUUGGUGCUCUCUUAAUGAAGGAAUCCUGGGAGGGUACGAUGGCCUGGAGAGGUGAAAAGAGUCCAGCUGGAAAAGGCGAGAGGCAAUAUGACAUCAGAGGAGCACAGUGCACUUUACUGAGACUCUCUCCCUCUAGACCACACACACACACACACACACACACACACACACACACACACACACACACACACUCCACAAUCUCUCCAACACACACACACACACACACACACACAUGGCCUUUCUACUAAUGUCCUCAGCACUUCUCUUCCCUUCCACUUCCUUCUGAGUGGUGUGUGUUUGUGUGUGUGCGCGUGUGUGUUGUGUGCGUGUAUGUGUGUGUGUGUGUGUGUGUGUGUGUAUGUGUGUGUGUGUGUGUUCAAGCAAGCUCCCAGUUUUUCCAUCCAGAUGAUUUUGUGUAGGGCUAUUGUUUACACACUAGACAUGGAGGGACAGAAAAAGAAGGGACAGAGAGAAAGAAUGAAGGAAAAGAAAAGUGAAAUAAACAAGCAAAGAAAGGACAGGAGAAGGGAGAGAGGAACAUGGAGAUGUACACAUGUACACCUCUACAGAGGAACACAAAAAACUGUUCAUUCUUUUCGUUCUACAAAUCUAAUCUACAAUACUAGAGUAUUACAGGUGAAAAUAUCCUGAAAUUAUGACGUAUGACAUAUUAUGUUAAUGAGAUGUAAUAUUUACUUGUUGGGUGGGACGAGGGGACAUUAUGUUGAGUGUGUGAGUGAACUGGUAGGUUUUGGUGCGAAAUAUUGUUUCAUUUGGGUCUUUACUCCUUUCUUUAUGAAUUUGUUUUUAUGAGUAAAAAGGCCUGAAGGGCAGGAGAGGAGGUAGACCUUAUUUAUUGAUGAGUCUAUUUAUUUUUUUGAAAAUGUAUUUAUUAAUUUAUUUAUAAUUUUGCUUAUUGACUGCAGCUGAUGGAGUGAGGUGAGGAACAAGACAGGGAGAAAGAUGGAGAGAGAGAGGAUUUUUUUUUUUAAAUCUUGUAGAGCACGACAAGUUUGUAAAUGUCUGGAUGAUGAUGAUGAUGAUGAUGAUGAUGAUGAUGAUAAUUCUGUACAUAGAAAUGUGUGUUGGACUGUAUGACUCUUAAAGGGGCUUUAACACUCAUCUUUAUCAGGGCAACAAAAAAACACAAGACAUACACACGCACACUCACAGAACUCACACUACCGACAUAUGUACAUCGCUGCCUCGCUACAGGACUACGUUUCCCAUAAUCCAUUUAUGCUCAGUGGAUCCAUAGGCAUAUCAGGGGUUAGGUUGUGACAUUGAGUUGCUAUUUUAAGCACACAUAUACAGAACCACACUCAUUAUUGGCUGUACAUUAUUUAUAAAAAAGGGUACUAUAACCUUGAAAUACAUACAACACACACACACACACAAACACGUGCAAACACAAAUAUGCACGUCAUUACACAACUAUCACACGACAACACAUCAACUGAUAAGUGCACACAAAUACUAACCAUUUUCAUACUUAUAAAGACAUUCAUUAUUAAAUAAAAAAUGAAAAAUAAAAACAUACAUACACACACAGGGUAUUACUGAGGUUUUCGUAUGUUUCAUAUCGUUGUUCCCUCCACCCUGUUCAGUUGCUAGAAGCUUCUGUCACCUGACAUGACUCAACUCCUGAGGCCCAGGAGAACAACUUGAAGGGUUGUCUCACACAAUCGCCUGUUGUAAAUUAGCUAUAAAAUAUUGAAAUAAUGAAUUACAUUAAAAUGUUUUAUGAAGAAA